UAGGGUUUUAGAUCUCUGAAUUUGAUUUUUGAGGUUUUAAGUGCGAAAGAGCAAGAAAAAAUUAGUAGCAGAAGAAAAUGGCGUCCAUUUCAACAAGAAGGCUGUUGCAGAGAUCAACGGCGGCUGUUAGAGCCUCCCUGAGUCGUACCGGGAAAACCCAAUCGCCGCCGUCGGUUUCUUCAGGAACAUCUAACGUCGGUGGACUAGCACCAUCAAAUCCUGCUCCUUCCUCUCGCCUCUCUCGCCCCCGCCGUCCCUUUUCCUCCACCAGGCUGCCAGUGGAAUUGGGUUGUGGAGAUUCAUUGAUGCCUCUGCACUCUGCUACUGCUUCUGCCUUGCUUAAUUCCAUGUUGUCUUCAAAGGUUGGCCAAUGGGGUUGUCUUUCCGAAGGAUUUGCUACUCCACUAUAGCAGGGCCUUCGCGUUCAUCGACAUGGUCACAGAUCCUGGACCCCGGGAAGAGUCAACCCAAAAGUUUUCCCUUUUCUCUUCAUCAAUCUCAGAAUAACUUAAUGGACCUGCAAAAAGAACAGCACAUUCCCUUUUGUGUGAGGAAGUGUAUGCUUGACCCUUGUAUGAUUUUACAAUUUUGAGAUAUUCCUCCGAAAUGCACGUUGGCAAUCUGAAGAAUGGUAUUGGCCAACCCUCUUUCAAUGAAUUUGUUUAUUGAUUCUCAGUUUCUUGUAUCGAAAUUGGAUUCAGAGUUCAAGUUUAUCAUAGAAACAAACCAUGCAUUUUCAACUA